CUUUUUGAUUACUUAACCAAAUUAUUUUUGCAAAACGCUUCUGUUGUGCAGUUGGCCGAGCGGUUUAAGACACACCCAUUGGAAAAUGGGUCUUGUGCUCGAAUUCGAUAAAGCAAUUUUCAUAAGGUUAAUCUGAGCAAAAUAAACAUCUGAUGAGGUUUAAUUAUCGCCGCGAUAACAGAAAUACCGAAAUAGGAAAUGUACCCGAUUAAGCAAUUCAUUAGACCUUAUUUCCACGAAAGACCUAGAUCACGACAGGAUUCUAAACCAAUUUGUAAAGUUUUGAGGUACUGAGUGAAGCACUUGUUGAAUUUGCUCAACAAAAAGUUACAAGUGAAGUUGCUGGAGAUGAGUGCUUUUGUUUCUUUGGAUGGUUUUGAGAUAGAAGAUGAAGGUCUGGAGUGGUGGUACUUGACCAUUCAAUUAAUCAUUUCACCGAAACACCGAAAUAAUGAAGUUUUACAAAAGAAAAUUCUAGAAACAAUGGACUACAUAUCAUGGAGAACUUUGAUAUCCAAAAUAUUGAAAAAGUUUUUUGGUAUAAUGGGAGAAUCAACCCCAAUUGAUUAUUUGAAAGUUAUAAACUCGCCUAAUUCCUAUCUUUUGUUCAUUAGGAUUCAUAAAGAUGAUAAGUUGCUCUUUCUAAACUCCAUAAUGUCCUCUACAUUUGAAUUGGAUUUUUUGGGUUUAAACGAAGUGACAGAUGAAAAGAUCUAUGCUAGUAUGAAAAUGGUUAAUGAGACAAAUAAUCUCGAAGAAUUAACCAAAUUAGCCAAUAUUAACAUUACAAAUCAAAAACAAAAUUUGAUAAUAAAUGAAUGAUUGAUAAAACACAAUUGAAACUUGCUAGAAAGAAAACAC